CGACCAACUUUACGCCAUCACAUACAUUAUCCAAUGACAACGAUGCUGCGUAGAACUAUCCCCCAUUCCGUACCCCAUCCAAUGCUAGAAAUGGCUUUUUUUUGGCCCCUAGCCGCUAGGCAACAGUAAAAUGCCCCUGGAAAACCGCACAUAUCGGCCUGGACUGGAGACCGACUAUGAAGAGCACGGAAGAUGUAUCAACUGGCCAUUAUGAGUAUAAAAGGGAGGAUGGCGCCACAGGAGCGACAUUUCCAGUAUCAAAGUUCCUUCACCAUCGCCUCUCAGCCCGCGAAGUUCUCCCAACGACGACACCCGGUCCCAAGCUUUUAUCCCGAACAACCUUAAUCGACCAUAUACAUCCAAACGGGUCUCCAAACUUUCGCUGUUCGACCCAUUUAUCCUGAAGCUGAGCCAUAAGCUAUAAGCCACCCCCUCCCAUCCCAUCCCCACCCUCCCCAUACAGAAUCCCAGCCAUGCAAACGCACAUCUCCCAAAUCCGCACCCUCUACUCCCAAGCCGACGAAUCCGGCCGCAACAAGAUCCACCGCGACCUCCGCUCGCUCCAAACAUCGCUAGAUACAGAGUGGGACAUGGUCGUCCGCCUAGGCUCCGGCUACCUGCAAAUGGCCCUCGUAAAAAUCGGCGCCGACCUCGCCCUCUUCCCACUCCUCUCAACGCACUCCUCCCCAGUCCCCCUCUCCACCAUCGUCUCCACUACCGGCGGCGCGCCAAAAAUGCUCGCCCAUCUCCUGCGCGCCAUGGUGGCCUUCGGCCUGAUCGAGGAAGGAGCCUGCGUGGACUCAUUCACCGCAAACCGCAUGACACGCGUGCUGGCCGACGAACAUGUCGCCGGUGCGAUUCUGCACGCCUACGACAUACACGCCCCAACUAGCCUUGCAUUGCCUGCUUAUCUCGCGGAGAGGAGGUACCAGGACAUCACUAGCAACAGGGACCUGCCUUUCCACAUGGCGAUGAAGACGGAGCUGGAGCCGUUUGAGUGGAUGAAGCAGCACCCGGAGCAGAUGAAGUCGCUCGGCCAUGCCAUGGCUAUCCAGCGACAAGAGCACUGGAUCAGCUCGUACCCUGUUCUUAAGGAGGUUGGCGACUUCGUGCCGGCGCCUGACUCUGCCCUCCUCGUCGACAUAGGAGGUGGUUUUGGACAGCAAGCCGUAGCUUUCAAGGAUAAGUUCCCCGAGCUGAAAGGCCGGAUUGUGGUGCAAGAUAUCCCAGAGACGCUGGAUCGCGCACCCAGGAUUGAGGGAGUAGAGUUCCAGGCACACGACUUCUUCAAAGAACAACCGAUCAAGGGAGCAAAGUUCUAUUAUCUGCGGCAUAUUCUACAUGACUGGACCGACGAAGAUAGCAUUCGCCUCCUGAAAUCAAUCCUUCCAGCAAUGGACCCUAGCUCACGCGUUGUGAUCGACGAAGUAGUGCUACCAGAUCAACAGCUGCCAUGGCAAGCAGCCUACAUGGACCUCACCAUGAUGGCGUCCUUGGGUGGAGUCGAGCGCACAAAGACCGAGUACGAAAAUUUGCUCAAUGCUGCUGGCCUCAGAAUGACCGAAAUACACAAAUAUGACCCCAAGAUGCAGAGCGUGAUCCUGGCGGUGCUGAAGUAAACAUUCCAAAGUCCGAAUCUCUGCUGAGCCGUCAGAAAGAUCUCCUCCUGUAAACAAACAAUUUGCUUCUCCUCUCAGUCAUAUCUCCAAAUUUAGUUCGCCUCUUCCCCCCAAAUGUUGCAGUGCUCAUUCGAAUAGUGGGUUCAAAUGAAAUCAGAGCAACAGGUUUAAGCAAUGUGGCUCUCGUAUGUGGUUAUGAUGGAUACUGGAGGCAACAGGAGUCGCCUGAAUAAUAGGCGGUCCGGUCCGGUAUCCAACUCCCCUACGAGAGUUAGUACCGGUUCCUCUCUCGGUGCCGGCGCGGCGCCUCUUCGCGGAUAUAUCGAAUCCGGUCGUCGAUAGUUGACUUAUAGUCGCGACGGUGCUUGCAGUAUCGGUCUCCGUAAGGUGAAAGGUUUCG